AGGCUAAGAAAUGGCAUUUCAAAAGGCAGUAAAAGGGACUCUUCUUGUUGGAGGUGGCGCCCUUGCAAGUGUCCUAGGCCUCUCUCAAUUUGCUCAUUACAGAAGGAAGCAAGUGAACCUGGCCUAUGUCGAAGCAGCUGAGUGCGUCUCAGAACCUGUUAACAAGGAGCCUCCUUCCAGAGAAGCUCAGCUGCUGGCUUUGCAGAACGUGUCUGAAUUCGAUAUCCUGGUCAUUGGAGGAGGGGCAACAGGGUGCGGCUGUGCACUGGAUGCCGUCACCAGAGGACUAAAAACAGCCCUUGUAGAAAGAGAUGAUUUCUCAUCAGGGACCAGCAGCAGAAGCACUAAAUUGAUCCAUGGUGGUGUGAGAUAUCUUCAGAAGGCUAUCAUGAAGUUGGAUAUUGAGCAGUAUAGGAUGGUAAAAGAAGCCCUUCAUGAGCGUGCCAACCUACUAGAAAUUGCUCCCCAUUUAUCAGCUCCGUUGCCCAUAAUGCUUCCAAUUUACAAGUGGUGGCAGCUACCUUACUACUGGGUAGGAAUCAAGCUAUAUGAUCUGGUUGCAGGAAGUAAUUGCCUGAAAAGCAGUUAUGUCCUGAGCAAAUCAAGAGCCCUAGAACAUUUCCCAAUGCUCCAGAAGGACAAACUGGUAGGAGCAAUUGUCUACUAUGACGGACAACACAACGACGCACGGAUGAACCUCGCCAUUGCCCUCACUGCUGCCAGGUAUGGGGCUGCCACAGCCAAUUACAUGGAGGUAGUGAGUUUGCUCAAGAAGACAGACCCCCACACGGGGAAAGAGCGAGUGAGCGGCGCGCGGUGUAAGGAUGUGCUCACAGGGCAGGAGUUUGAUGUGAGAGCCAAGUGUGUUAUCAAUGCUACGGGACCUUUCACAGACACCGUGCGCAAAAUGGAUGAUAAGAACGCCACGGCCAUCUGCCAGCCGAGCGCCGGCGUCCACAUCGUGAUGCCUGGUUAUUACAGCCCCGAGAGCAUGGGACUUCUUGACCCAGCAACCAGUGAUGGGCGAGUUAUAUUCUUCUUACCCUGGCAGAAGAUGACUAUAGCUGGCACUACCGACACUCCAACAGAUGUCACACACCAUCCCAUUCCUUCGGAAGAAGAUAUCAAUUUCAUUUUGAAUGAAGUGCGUAACUACCUGAGUUGCGAUGUUGAAGUGAGAAGAGGGGACGUCCUGGCAGCAUGGAGUGGUAUCCGUCCCCUUGUUACUGAUCCCAAGUCUGCAGAUACUCAGUCCAUCUCCCGAAAUCAUGUUGUGGAUAUCAGUGAGAGUGGCCUCAUCACUAUAGCAGGUGGAAAGUGGACAACGUAUCGAUCUAUGGCAGAAGAUACCAUAAAUGCUGCUAUCAAGGCUCAUAAUUUGAAAGCAGGACCAAGCAGAACAGUUGGGCUUUUCCUUCAAGGGGGCAGAGAUUGGAGCCCCACACUCUACAUUAGGCUUGUCCAGGAUUAUGGGCUUGAAAGUGAGGUGGCACAGCAUCUUGCCACCACCUAUGGUGACAAGGCUUUUGAGGUGGCCAAAAUGGCAAGUGUAACUGGAAAAAGGUGGCCCAUCGUUGGUGUGCGUCUUGUGUCAGAAUUUCCAUACAUUGAAGCCGAGGUGAAAUAUGGGAUUAAGGAGUAUGCCUGCACAGCAGUGGAUAUGAUUUCACGGCGGACUCGCCUGGCCUUCCUAAAUGUCCAGGCAGCAGAGGAAGCCCUACCCAGAAUUGUUGAACUGAUGGGCAGAGAACUGAAUUGGGAUGAUUAUAAAAAAGAGGAGGAACUUGAAACAGCCAGGAAGUUUCUGUAUUAUGAAAUGGGCUAUAAAUCUCGAUCAGAACAGUUAACAGAUCGCUCUGAAAUUAGCCUCCUACCUUCCGACAUCGACAGGUACAAGAAGAGAUUUCAUAAGUUUGAUGCAGACCAAAAGGGCUUUAUUACCAUUGUUGAUGUUCAGCGUGUAUUAGAGAGUAUCAACGUCCAAAUGGAUGAGAAUACACUACAUGAAAUUCUGAAUGAAGUAGAUUUGAACAAAAAUGGACAGGUUGAACUCAAUGAGUUUUUGCAGCUGAUGAGUGCUAUUCAGAAAGGAAGGGUGUCUGGAAGCCGGCUAGCGAUACUGAUGAAAACUGCUGAAGAGAACCUCGACAGAAGAGUCCCCAUUCCAGUGGACCGAAGUUGUGGAGGAUUUUAGAUCAAGAUAGUGAGAACAUGUGCCCUCCCUGAACCCUGAACCCAUUACAGUGGGGACCGGCUUUAUAGGCUGACUGGCCUGGGCAGAGCUGUAUUUGUACACCAGGCCUGGUUUGUACACGCUUUGCUAUGAGUGAAGUUCCUUUAAGGACAAAGAAAAGCGCACUUUGCUGCUUCCUUUGAGCGUCUCUGCUUUUGCUGAAAAUCUGCUAAUUCUAAAACAUACGCUCCUUCACCAAUCCCAGAGACUCAUCUUGGAAGUGAGCUGGUUCCAAGUCUACUGUGAAUAAAGCACCCCCGCAUUUUUGUGUGAGUUCUUAAUUAAACCUGCACAGCUUCUGUACCUGACUUCAGAAAAGGGGAAAGGAAAUGGAGGGAUUAGCCCCUUCAAAACCUAUUCCAAGCAGGAGAGAAUUUUUCUUUUCUUUUUGUACAAAUGUGAUACUAGAUGAUUCUGUGUGGAUGGGGAUGAGGGGUGCAGAGAUUGUCUUUAUCAUCCGGUGAUUUAUUUCAAGAGCCUUUAAGGGGAUUCAGGUGAAGGAACCCCCGUCUGUGGCGAAGAGCUGGAUGCUCUUUUAAAUAGCCCCAUACCACAGUCCUAACAAUAGUGACAAUGCUGGAUUAUUGGUUAAGCCAGGGUUGUCUGCCUCAUAGCCCUCAUGCUGUUUGCAAUAUUCUUGCUUUCAAUCAAUUUAUACUAAGUGUAACUUUAGGAUUUCUACUAUUACAUGCAUGCUCCCUAUUCUGCUUUAGUUUUUAGCUUUCUUUUGUCUUUUCUAAAAUAUUAUGUAACUUAGUCUUUUGUACAACAACAAAAAUUUCAUUGUGACUUUUACUGAACAUACUGUAAGGACGAUCAUUGAUCUUAUUUCUUUUUUUAUGUACUCGUAAAGAUUUUUGGCAUAUGAAUGUAAUAAUAUUGAAGUCAGUGAUGCUCUAACUUGCACUGUUUUACAUUAUGUCAGCCCUUUUCAGGGAAUAAGAAAGCCCUACUGUGUUUUUAAAGACUAUCCAGUCCAAGCCAUGCUGGAGUGGAUAUGCACACUGCAUGCCUUCAUAUGUGGUGCUUUCAUGUAUUGUGUUGGGUUAUUGUUCUAGAUGGGACUGUUAAAUACUGUGUUUGAGGCUGGAUUGUCAUUUUUAUAACUGUCUUGGUGUUUUAUCGCCAUUAUUUAUUACUUUUGAUAUACAGAAUGAGCUGCAUGCAUUUAUAGAGCAAUAAGAAGAUGUAUUUAAUGUGCCUUGUUUUUAACUGAAUAAGAACUGAAAGCACGAAUCAAUAAAACUGAUUAAAAUGG